UACCCUGACUUUCUUAUCUCUCGUUCUCACCCUUCUCGUCUCGUCUCUCCUCCCCUCUCUCAGCUUGUGUCUCUUUUUCCUCUAGUGCCAACCAACCUCCUCUGCCGCCUCGUCUCCACCUUCCCAUCCUCCUCUGCGUCGCCUUCUGUCUGCCUUUGCACCACCACCUUCUGGCUCUGACGCUGCGUCGCCACUUUCAGCGUGCUUCAACAGCUCAAAAUUGCGCCGGCUUUCCCCUCGUCGCAGACACCGCAGCCUUCACCGACUGCGUUGUCCACCUUCGUUUAUUGUUUAUGUUGAUUCGAGGAACACGUAACAAAACUGAGGUCAGGUGAGAGUUAUUGUUGGACUUGAAAUGAAUGGGAAUUAUGCUGCUUCAGCUUCAGCUUUACAUUAUGCUGGAAAUUCGUUCUCUUCCCCUUAUGCUGUUCCUAUUUCUUCUAGAACCUUCUUCGUUGGAAAUGCAUUAAACUCGAGUUUUUCGAGGAGGUUUCAUGCCUUUCAUGUCCGAAAGCUCAAUUUUGAGCCAGUUAGUGCUUCACUCAACGGUGGUGGUGGAGGCGGCAGCGACGGCAAUAUUUUUGGUUUGGUUAGUGACUUGGAAUUUAAGCCGUCUUUCGAUGAGUAUUUGAAGGUUAUGGAAUCUGCUAGAGCUAGACCUUUUAGGGGUAAGGAGCAUAGUGGUAGUAGUGCAGCUGCCGCUACUACUCAAAAACAUAAGGAGAGGGAAAAAGGUAUGUCUAGGAAACCAAGGAUGGAAGGAGGAAGAGGAAGAGAUAAGAGAUUUCCAAGUGUUGAAGAGAGUGAUGAUGAUGAUGAUGAUGAUGGGUUUGAAGGUUCUAGAGAAGGCUAUUCCAGAAGUAAGAUCCGAAGAUCACCAAUUAAAGGGUUUAGAAAGGAUUAUGAUGGGAAAGGAAGCAAUCUUGUUGAAAAUGUUAGAGAUGAUAGGUGGUUGAAACAUAAGAGUCAGAGUUUUAGUUUAGGACAGGAAUCUGAUGAAUACAAUAUGAGUAAUAAUCAAGGAAAAAGUAGAAGUGGAAGGAUAAACAAUAGCAUACCUAAGUCUAAUUUAAAUAGUAGCCGUGGGAGUAGUAUAGAGAAAGGAGUCACUCAUGAGUUAUAUUCGUCAAAGAUAUCUGGAGAAAAGGUAGCUAGUACCAGACAAAGUGAUUAUAGAACACAGGGUAAAGCUCUUGGUGGAGACAAAAUUGUUGCUGGUUAUGAAGUUAUGGACAGUGGGAUUGAGAGAAGGCAUAAUGGAGUUGAGAGUUUCAUAAACAGAAAUGGGCGGGAAAAUGCGAAAGUGAAUCGAGGCAGUAAGCGUUAUUUUGAUAAAGAUUAUGAUUCCGAUGACUUGGAAUUGGAUCGAGCUGCAUUUAGGAGCAUUGAGGAAUCUGACAAGAUUACCGGCAAGCAGCAGUUUUCACACAAGGCAAUGGAGGAGAGAAUCCAAAACCUAGCCAAAUUGUUAAAUGGUGCAGAUAUCAAUAUGGCUGAAUGGAUGUUUUCUAAGAUGAUGAGAAGUGCAAAGAUUAAGUUUAAUGACUAUUCUAUAACAAGGGUUAUCAUAAUCUUGGGGAAAUUAGGAAACUGGCGGCGAGUGAUACAGGUCAUUGAAUGGCUUCAAAAGCGUGAACGCUUCAAAUCCCAUAAACUAAGGCAUAUAUACACUGCUGCUCUUGAUGCACUAGGAAAGUCAAGGAGACCUGUAGAGGCAUUAAAUGUAUUUCAUGAAAUGCAGCAACAAAUGUCCUCAUAUCCUGAUUUAGUAGCUUAUCAUAGUAUUGCUAUUACCCUUGGACAAGCAGGACACAUGAAAGAACUUUUUGACGUAAUUGAUAUUAUGCGAGCACCACCAAAGAAGAAGUUCAAAACUGGGCCGCUUGAGAAAUGGGACCCAAGGCUGGAACCAGAUCUUGUAGUCUAUAAUGCAAUCCUUAAUGCUUGCAUUAAGAGGGAACAAUGGGAAGGGGCUUUUUGGGUUUUGCAGCAGUUAAAGGACAAAGGUCUACAACCUACUGCUACAACUUAUGGCCUAGUCAUGGAGGUGAUGUUUGCUUGUGGAAAGUACAAUUUGGUUCAUGAGUUUUUUAGAAAACUUCAGAAGUCUUGUAUUCCCAAUUCAUUGACAUAUAGAGUUCUUGUAAAUGCACUUUGGAAAGAGGGAAAAACUGAUGAGGCUGUGUUGGCUGUCCAAGAAAUGGAAAAACGUGGAAUUGUAGGUUCCGCUUCUCUUUAUUAUGAUCUAGCUCGAUGCCUCUGUGCAGCUGGAAGGAGUCGCGAGGCACUGAUGCAGAUAGACAAGAUAUGCAAGGUUGCAAAUAAACCACUAGUAGUGACCUACACUGGCUUGAUGCAAGCAAGUCUAGAUUCCGGAAACAUUCAAGAUGGGGCCUAUAUUUUUGAGAAAAUGAAGAAAAUCUGUGCCCCGAAUCUGGUUACUUGUAACAUAAUGCUGAAAGGUUACCUUGAAAAUGGAAUGUUUCGAGAAGCUAAAGAGAUGUUCGAGCAGAUGUUAGAAAACACAGAUCGUCUGAGGAACAAUACCGAUUACAAAAUGCUGGUGAUACCAGAUAUAUACACAUUCAACAUCAUGUUAGAUGCAUGUGCUGCGGAGAAGAGAUGGGAUGAUUUUCAAGAUAUCUAUCAAAGGAUGCUAUACCAUGGUUUCUACUUCAAUCCAAAACGUCAUCUUCGAAUGGUAUUGGAGGCCUCAAGAGCUGGAAAGGAAAAGCCUUUGGAGAUAACAUGGAAGCACUUGAAUGAUACAGAUCGCGUUCCGCCAGCUUCUAUGGUCAAAGAAAGGUUCUGUGCCAAACUCGAAAAAGAUGACUAUCUUGGUGCUCUUUCAUGUAUCACCAAUAUAGCCCAGAAAGACUUGGAGCCAUUUUACAAGUCUUGGUGGUUGAAUCUAUUCAAAGAAAAUUCUAAAAGGUUUCAGAAGGGCACACUUGUUAGACUAAUGGAUGAGACUAACAACAUAGUUUCCAAUAAUAGCAUUCCUAAUCCAGCACUUGUACAUUUAUUACAAUCAUGCAGAGAAAUGUUUUUGGACACUGAUCACAAUUCAGUGAAAACAGUAGUAGGAGAGGGUGAACUUGUCGCCCGACCACUGUAAUAUAUGCUGAGCCAAAAUGUAACGCAAGCCUUACGUUCAUUGUUAAA